AUGACAUCGGAGGAAUGCAAAGAGUUCAAAAAGAACCUGCUCGCGGACUUUCAACAUCAUAAAAUUAAAAUAUACGACUUCCCAGAUAGUGAAGCAAAUGUUGACAACAGUAGUGACGAAGAAGGGUCACGUCUCCGUCGCCUCCGAGACCGCAUGCCCUUUGCGGUAGUGGGCGCUAACACCUACAUCACCAACAGUGCCGGGGCCAAGGUCCGUGCACGCACCUAUCCCUGGGGCACUGUGGAGGUGGACAAUGUGGAGCACAAUGAUUUCUCAAUUCUGCGCUACUUUCUGAUCCGGCUUCAAAUGCAGGUGAGUUCGCGCCGUCUUUCUUGUUAUCCUUGUCUGGCCGUUGCCCCCGAUAGGACCUGUCGCCCAAAAUGUCGAUCUGCACGAGGUUGGUUGUUCCACGGUGGCCUCACCUGGCUCCCAGCUGUCGUUUUUGACUCAGUAUACCUGUCCUAA